CCAGAUUAGAGAGAAAACCUCCUUAUUUUCAUUAGUGUUCGAUCCUUGUUCUACAUCAUUAUUUUAACUAAAAUAAACAACUGUUGGAAUGGCCCUGCUAAGGAAAAAUGUUCAGAUUUUGUUCCAAAGUAUCUCUACCAAUCUUCCAAUUUUAUCUUCAAGAAAUUUCAUUUCAUCACCAGUAUUAGAAGAGAAAGCCAAAACUAAAAGGCCGGAAGGUAUAACAAAAUGCACACUUAUACCAGGAGACGGUGUCGGACCGGAACUCAUGUACUGCGUACAGGAAGUUUUCAAGGCCGCAGGUGCCCCAAUCGAGUUUGAGCAGUUCUUUUUCUCCGAAGUUCAUGCGAGUAUGAGCGCUCCUAUUGAAGAUGUCGCAGCUUCCAUUAAUCGUAAUGGGAUCUGCCUCAAGGGUAUUUUAGCAACGCCUGAUUAUAGCCUCACAGGUGAACUCCAGUCUCUGAACAUGAAGCUGAGGCGAAACCUCGACCUUUAUGCCAAUGUUGUGCACGUGAAGAGCUGGCCUGGAUUAAAACUCCGGCAUCAGAAUAUAGAUGCGGUCAUCAUUCGUGAGCAGACCGAAGGGGAAUACUCUGCUCUAGAGCAUGAAAGCGUCAAGGGUGUUGUUGAAUGUUUGAAACUCGUGACAGCAGCAAAAUCAGAAAGGAUUGCCAAAUUCGCUUUUGACUAUGCCACAAGAAAUAACAGGAAAAAAGUGACUGCUGUACAUAAAGCCAACAUUAUGAAAUUGGGCGAUGGCCUGUUCCUCAAGAGCUGUAAUGAAAUGGCGAAACUUUACCCAAAAAUUAAGUUUGAAACAAUGAUAGUUGAUAACUGCACAAUGCAGAUGGUGUCUCACCCACAACAGUUUGACGUAAUGGUCAUGCCUAAUCUGUACGGUAAUAUCCUUGAUAACCUUGCCUCAGGCCUCGUUGGCGGAGCUGGAGUUGUAGCUGGUGCAUCUUACAGUGCUGAAUGUGUUGUUUUUGAACCUGGUGCAAAACACACUUAUUCAGAAGCUGUUGGAAAAAAUGUCGCCAAUCCUACAGCAAUGUUGCUAUGCGGUGCUAAAAUGUUGCAACAUGCAAAUCUACAGUAUUAUGGUGAUAUGAUAAGAGCUGCUAUUGCUAAAGUGUAUGUUGAUGGAAAAGUGAAAACUAAGGAUCUUGGAGGUCAGUCAACUACAAAGGAAUAUGUCUAUGCAAUAAUAAACAGCCUUCAACAUGCCUGCUAAUAAAAAUUAUAUCAACAUAUUGUCGAAUAUUUUUUAUUUAUUUUUGGUAGAAACUACUCAACUAAUUUAAAAAACCUGACCUUACUAGUCAAUAAUGAAGUAUUUGAUGAUAGAAAUUUUUUUUUCUGUUUAAGUAAUACAAUAAUGGGAAUUUUGUUUGUUGUUGUCUGUGAAACUAAAUAUUUCUAGAGUAUUUAUUUUAAAUAUGAACAUAAGCUACUACCAAUGAAAUUCAGUAUUGUUUUGGUUAAAUAUAUAAAGAAUAUUUGAUAUUAAUAUGUUACACGUGUUCUGAAAUUGUUAAUUUUUAAAAUUGUAGUAUAAUAAACGUUCCUCUGUAAAUUAUUAAAAUUAAAAAAGCAAAUAGUUAAGAAAUAAUUCAAAUCUGUUCUUAAAGAACAUAUAUUUGUCACACAUUUAGAGAAAAUGUGCAUAAAAGGCUGUACAACCUUUACUAAACAUCUGUUCAAUACAUUUAGAUGUAUCGUUUUUCGAUCUUGCUCAGCGUACAUCAUAUGACACAGAAAACUAAUUUGAAAUAAUCAACAGUUUUGAAAGGUUGUAUAGUAAUAGUUUCUGAACAAGAAAACAAAACAAAACUAUUUCCGUGAGCUGUACAUACAUUGGAUUGUAUAUUUAUUAUUUUUGACCUGAUCUAAAUCAGGUGAGUUGAUUUAAUCGCUUAGGACAAAGCGAUAUACUUUUAAAAAUAUCUAUCAGUAAUGUUAGAUAGUAGUUGGUAUUUGUGACUGAAAGAAGUUUCAUGUGUUUUGAAACAUGGGAAAUAAAAAAAGGAAGACAGGCACAUUCUUAUUUUAAGUACUAAUUAAUGUAACAGACGAAGAAUAUUAAACAUUAUGCUAUUCCUGUGGAUUGUAAAUACUCACAACUUUUACAUGUUACCAGGUAUGUAUUUGGAUUAAAAAACAGCUUUGUCAAAUAACACAAUAGAAUAACAUUGAAUUUUCCCCAGAUGUUUAAAAAUUAAAAAUCAUUAAUUGUGAA